AUGGAUCAGCUACCCAUGGAGAUACUGGAUAUGAUCAUCUCCAAUGUCCAGUCCUGCGAUGAACACCAUAGACACAGUCCACACACAUCCAUUAUUUACUCCGAUGCAGAUCGACUCCGCCUAAAGGAAAUUGGUUUAGUCAAUCUAGCUUUUCGCCGCAGCGUGGCACGCGUCUUAUUUCAACAUGUCAUAAUACCGAUAGACAGUCAGCUUCUCUUUCUAUCAAGAUUCGGAGAUUUGGCAGGCAGUGGAUUCGCUACUAGGGUGAAAACUAUCCAAUUUGACAUUGUGACCAGCGAACUUCUUCAGUCGUGGUGUGGAGAUGACGAGGAGGAGGAGGAGGAGGAGGACGACGACGACGACGACGACGAAGAGGAAGAGGAAGAGGAUAACUCCGAGAAGGCCAUCACCAAAAUCUCGUUGAUUUUGGAGAAGUUCCCCAAUUUACAGACCGUGGUACUUAAAUUUGGGGAGGCUGGGGAAGCAGACCUAUUUCGGAUGCUCAUUGCACCUCUUAUCAUCUCCUUAGCUAGGGCGCGGCUUAUGAAGAUGGCAGAAUUGAGACUACCUGAUUUCAGUCGCGUCUUAGAGCAGUUUGUUAACACCAACAAUGAUGGAGUGGAUCAGUUUCUUCUCAAAAUACAACACCUCCAUCUUAUGGAAUCGGACGAUAGAUUGGUCGAUUUCAACAUCCUCAGUCAAGGUAUCCCGGACCUUCGUUGCCUUACAGUGGAAGGACAAAGCACCUAUACAAUCUGUCCGGAAAUUCAAAACCACUUCCACAAUCUCGAGUCUUUAGAAUUCCGGGAGAUGCAAAUCUCCGCGAGGAAUCUCCUAGCAGUGAUACAGCACUGCCGACAGACCAUCAAAUACAUUGCCCUCCACCGGAUAAUUCUAUCCUCCGCAUCAUGGCUACAUGUCCUUCACCAAAUCAAGAUCAUGAGCCUAUGUCUCAAGGCAUUUGAUUGUCAUCUUACUACAUAUCCGAUGGAUGAUAAUCAUAACAAGAUAUGGACACUGUAUGGACGAUUUCUCAGGGACCAGCGAUAUAUCCCACACGCACUGGGUGAGAUUCAGCGACAGGUCAAUGUGAACAGGUUGACCAUGGGGCUCGACCCAUGGCAUGCUACAAUCUUCCAAUAUCUUGAUCAUCAACCACUGGAAGUUGCUAUGGGUCCGAGAUUAUACCAGGAAUUGGUCUCACAGUCUCAGCGGUUCACCUAG